AUUACAACAUUUAAUACGUAAUCUAAUCAUAAUAGGACUAUAUAAUAUUUUCCCAGAUUCCCUAAGAUUUACACAAUCAGAUUCCUAUUAUAAAUAUGACUGCAACAAGUUUUAAUAUAUCAGAUGUGGAAAAUAUACUGUUUUUUUUUUUUGAUAACAAAUAUACUAUUUUAAUUCGGUAUCAAGAACAUCACAAAGCACAUAAUUGUCAUUUCACGUAUUAUAAUAAGAGUGAACAACACAAUUUUUUUUUUUUUUUUUUGUCAAACAAUAGAUUUUGUUAGAUUAGUCACUAAUGAGGUUCAAACUCAUGCUGUCAUGCAGUGGCUUAACACAUUUCCACCAUUGUGGUAAAGGGCCACGUGCAAGUGAACUACAUAGUUCAUGCAUACCAUAUCUAUGGUAUCACACUUACAAAUAAAAAAAAGUUACCAUUAUACUGCAGUACUCAAUGAUAGAUAUAUGUGCUCAUCUUAAUACAAGAGAAAUUUUGAUAUAGAAAAUUAAACAAUAAAAAAAAAUGGUAGUUGGUUUAAUCAAGUUUGGACCUUGGUGGUGGCAUUUGAUUGUAUUCAAUUCUCCUAGUCAUUGUCUAGCUGUCCUUCAAACCAACUUGUCUUCCCUCUACAAAUCUUCCUUUGAUUAAUCCCCAUCACAAAAGAAAAGUAGCAACUUCAAAAUUUCACAACUACAAUUCAUCGCCGCAACCAUCACCACCACCUCCAAGAUCACAACUCAGAUGGACACCAAUCCACUGCAGCAACAACAACCCAACAUGGACAGUCAUUCAAUCAGCAUCUGGGAAGUGAACAAGGAUCGGUUGGCCACCAUGUACCAGAUGAUCUCAGAACCCCCAAAACUCCUAAGCAAUGCAGCAGGCAAACCCUCCUGCUGCAUCUUCAGAGUCCCACAGAGUCUUCUCGAGAUAAACGGCAAGUCGUACAACCCCCACAUCGUCUCCAUCGGUCCAUACCACAGAGGAGAGCCACGGGUCAAGAUGAUCGAAGAGCACAAGUGGAAAUAUUUGGGUUCUUUGCUUGCAAGGACAGAGCCCAAAGGGUUGUCUUUAAAGGACUACUUGAAGGCCUUGGAGCCAUUGGAACAAGAAGCUAGAGAGUGUUACUCAGAAAGAAUAAAUCUUACCACGGAAGAAUUUUUGGAAAUGUUGGUUCUUGAUGGUUGUUUUAUAAUCGAAUUGUUACGAAAAGUCCGCCUUUUGGUCCGGUUCGAGCGUGACGAUCCUCUUGUCAACAUGGUUUGGAUAAUCCCAUUUUUGGUUAGGGAUUUUCUUAGGCUUGAAAAUCAAAUACCCUACUUUGUUCUCCUGGCUUUGUUUGAUCUCACAACUACGGAAGAACAUAAAGAAAAUGGGAAGUCAUUGUCGUUGCUUACCUUGGAAUUCUUCAACAACCAUAUGCAGAGGCCUGAUCAUGUCAUUCAAAAGCACCAAAAUCUUACAGGUAUGCAUUUGCUCGAUUUGUUGCGCUCAAGUGUUAUACCGCCAGGCCAUGAGGAGCCACGUAGUAGCAACACCAUACCAACACGUACCAUCCAUUGUGUCUCGAAGCUUCGCCGUGCAGGAAUCAAGCUCAAUCGGGGCAAGGGCGAAAGCUUCUUGGUGAUCAAAUUCAAGAGCGGAGUCAUCGAAAUGCCAACUAUAACAGUCGACGAUUUCAUGAGCUCCUUCUUGCUCAACUGUGUGGCUUAUGAGCAGUGCCACAAGUCAACUUCUAAGCACAUCACCACCUACGCAACAUUGCUCGAUUGCCUUGUGAACACAUACAAGGAUGUUGAGUAUUUGUGUGACCGUAACAUCCUCGAGAAUUACUUUGGGAACGAUGGGGAAGUUGCUCGAUUUAUUAAUAAUUUGGGGAAGGAUGUGGCUUUUGAUAUGGAUAGGUGUUACUUGUCAAAGUUGUUCAAUGACGUGCAUCACUAUUAUGGGAAUAGUUGGCAUGUUCAAUGGGCUAGCUUCAAGUAUACUUAUUUUGAUACUCCAUGGUCCUUCAUAUCUGCGUUUGCUGCUUUGAUUUUGUUGAUACUCACCUUGGCACAGACCUUUUACACUGUUAUUAGUUACUAUCCUCCACUAUGAAUAGAGUAAUACUUAGGUAUUCACUAGUGAGUACCUCAUAUAAGCACUUUUUUAUUUGGCUCAAUCAAAAUAUGCUACAUGUUCCUUGU